GACAGCAGUCGGGCACACUGUAGUUCAAAUCAAGGUAAAUAAGGACUUUAACAUGGAGCUAAAGACCAGGAUGCUGAGACCACCGCUCACUGUAAUGCUCGUUUCCAGUCUUCUUAGUGCUUCCCUGUCUGAUUCUGUAAACAUAAGACUUGUCAGUGGCAUUGGCACCUGCUCUGGUAGAGUGGAGGUCAAUGUUAACGGCCAGUGGGGAACAGUGUGUAAUGAUGGCUGGGUCAUGACUCAUGCAGAGUCCGUGUGCAGAAAGCUGGGGUGUGGCAAUGCAAUCAGCGUCCAUAGCAGUGCCAGCAUCAGUAAGGGAAGUGGGCCCAUACAGUGGGCCCGUAAUGUUAGUUGUUCCGGAACAGAACACAUCACCACAGAAUGCUUUCAAAAACACAACUGCAGUCAUGGUGAAGAUGCUGGUGUUACUUGCUCAGGUAUGGAAAAUCUCUCUAAUCUCAUUCAAUUUAGCAGUCUAUAAUUAAAUGCACAUGUCAAUA